UGAGAGGCUCUUUUGGAGAGAGCAGAGCGAGGGAGGCGUGGAAACAAGAAAGCCAUUGUUAGCGAGGUCUUGACUUGAAAUCCGAGGUGAAGCCCGACUCAACACUGUUAGGCUCAGCCCAAUAUGAAUAGCCAUUAAUCAGAUGAAACGGGAAGCUGAAGCUCAUAAAUGGGAACAUUCCAGAGGAGACGAGACUAGACAAGAAAUCCACAAAAUACCCAAGGGCCGUAACCUUCGUUACGUUACGUGGAACAGACUCCCGUCUAUUUCAUUGUUCGAAAUUUCCACUUCAUUCUUGUCUUAAUAAUUCCAAUAUAGUGAGUGAUCGCCAACUUCUUACUUGAUGGCUACCGGUGCGGAGGUGACGGACACCGAUAGGGCGGUCUCCGGUAUAGCUUUGUUCUUUCCGGCCAACGACCAUUCGACACCUUCUUCCACCUCCACUCCUUCCAAGGUUCCCCGUCGCCUCAGACGCCUUCUUCUCCAACCCAAAAGCCCUUCCACUGCUGCAGAUACCGAAUCCAAGCUCGGAGGAGCCAAUCUCUGCCGAAAGCAAUUAUCUGAGUUGUCGAGUAAGGCACGACCGAAAUCAAGGAGUCCGCCACUGCCUUCUCCUUCUCGUUUUCAAGAGGCGAAUCUCGGUCAGCAGCUCGAAGCCAAACUUAAUGCUGCUGAGCAGAAGAGGUUAAGCAUUCUUGCAAAUGCACAGAUGCGCUUAGCUAGGAUGGACAAGCUGAGGCAAGCAGCUAAAACUGGUGUGGAGAUGCGCUUUGAGAAGGAACGCGAUGAACUUGGUACUAAAGUGGAAUCACGUGUUCAGCAAGCAGAGGCAAAUCGAAUGGUUCUCCUUAAAGCUUCUUGUCAACGGAGGGUAGCUAAGAGAGAGCGAUCAGCUCAAUUCCUAAUGCAGAAAAUGAUGCAGGAUAGAAAGUAUAAGGAGUUUUUGCAUGAUGCAAUUCUUAAAAAGCGUGCAGCUGCUGAAAAAAAACGGCUGGGAUUGUUGGAAGCUGAAAAGAGGAGGGUUCAUGCUAGGGUAUUGAAAGUUCGGCAAGUAGCGAAGUCCAUCUAUAUGCAAAGGGAGUUUGAGAGAAUGAGAAAGAAAGACCAAUUAGAAGAUCGGCUCCAAAGGGCUAAGAAGCAAAGGGCAGAAUAUUUGAGGCACAGAAGAAGUUCACACAGUUCUGGUGAUGUCAUUUCAAAAAUGAUGAAUGAGCAGCAGGGGGAUUACCUUUCAAGAAAGUUGGCAAGGUGCUGGAGGCGGUUUGUAACAUUGAGGAAAACUACUGCUGCUUUGGCAAAAGCUUUUAUGACCUUAGAGAUUAGUGAAAAGUCUGUCAAGUCAAUGCCAUUCGAGCAGCUUGCUCUUCAAAUUGAGUCGGCUACGACUAUCCGAACUUUGAAAGUUUUACUUGACCGUUUAGAGAGUCGCUACAAGAUCUCACAGGCAGCUGGUGGUAAUCUAUCUAGUCUGAGGAACAUUGAUCACCUUCUUAAGCGUGUUGCAUCUCCAAUUGUAAAGGGGAAUGCCAGUAUCAAGAGGAAGGGGACUAAGAGUUCUGAUUCUAAUAAAGAAGCUGUUCUAAGUCCAGUUAAGUUAUCAAGGUACCCAGUGAGGGUUGUGCUCUGUGCUUAUAUGAUCUUAGGUUACCCAGAGAUUGUUUUUAGUGGGAAGAGUGAGCACGAGGUUGCUCUUGCUGACUCUGCUUGUAAGUUCAUUAGUGAUUUCGAGCUUUUGAUCAAGAUCAUGCUAGAGGGUGACAUGCAAAAUGCUAAUGACAAGACAGCAUCUACAAUUCCUAGUCGAAUAACUGUCAGAUCCCAGCUGGAUGCUUUUGAUAAAGCAUGGUCUUCUUACCUUUAUCACUUUGUAUUAUGGAAAGUUAAGGAUGCCAAGUCACUAGAAGAGGAUCUGGUGAGAACUGCUUGCCAAGUGGAGCUCUCUAUGAUGCAAACUUGCAAUUUGACUUCAGAAGGAAAUAAUGGUGGUCUUACUCAUUAUAUUGUGGCUAUCCAAAAACAGGUUACAGAAGAGCAGAAACUACUAAGAACAAAGGUGCAGCAUCUGAGUGGGAAUUCUGGGCUUGAACGUUUGAAGUGUGCUCUCUCUGACACGCGUUCCAGAUUUUUAGAAGCGAAUGAUUCUGGGAGUUCAUCAGCAUUCCCAGUUCCACGUCUUUCAUCUUCGUGUUUGCCUGGAUCACCUGAGGACUCUUUUGCUUCUGUCACUGGUGAAAUGAUUAAUCUGGCUGAAGGCCGUGAAAGCUUUGAUCCCAUAGUUCAAUCCUUGUCUGAGAGAGAUGAUCCUUCCUCGGUUGAAGCAGUUGAAUCCUCUACCCCUUUCAAAGAUUCUGCUUAUGGUGACCUGAACUCUGAUGCAAUGUUAAUUGGCGAGAAUGAGCUACUUGUCAAUGAAAUUGUGCAUGAGCAUCGUCAUGGUUUUGCUGAUAGCUUCAUCAGUAGUGAUCCGGAUAAAAGUAGUCUUAAUGAAAAAGUGAGAGAGACGAUGGAGGCGGCUUUUUGGGAUGGUAUUAUGGAAUCCAUGAAUAAAGAGGAGCCUGACUUCAGCUGGGUUCUUAAACUUAUGAAUGAAGUCAGGGAUGAAUUGUGCGAGAUGUCUCCUCAAAGCUGGAAAGAAGAAAUUGUUGAAACUAUCAAUAUUGACACUCUCUCAAAUGUGUUGAAGUCUGGCAUGAUAGAAAUCGAAAAUUUUCAGAGGAUCCUAGAGUUUUCAUUAGUCACUUUGCAGAAACUUUCGGCCCCAGCUAAUGACGAUGAGAUGAAGCAAACUCACCAUAAGUUGCUGAAAGAACUAGGAGAGAUUUCUCAAGUUGGAGAAAAGCCAAAUGUUUCAUUUGCCAUCUUAAUGAUUAGGGGUCUGCGCUUUGUUCUACAGCAAAUACAGGCUCUUAAGAGAGAUAUUAGCAAAGCACGCAUAAGAAUUGUUGAACCACUUAUUAAGGGGCCGGCUGGUUUGGAGUACUUGAAAAAGGCUUUUUCCAACCGAUAUGGAUCUCCUGCUGAUGCUGCUACUUCUUUACCCUUGACUAGGCAGUGGCUGUCAUCAGUGCGAGUGGUUGUAGAGCAAGAGUGGGAUGAAUACAGAGAAUUUCUAUCCGCCCUGAAAAGCGAUGCAAAAUUGUCACAGGGAUUUUUCCCUACUACCCUUAGAACUGGAGGCAGCAUUCGCAUGUCAUCAAAAAUGGGCUCUCCAACCUUUUCUCCAACAGGUAAAGAACAACCAGAAUGCGAGGGGAAAAGGGUUGAUCUAACUAUUAGGCUUGGUUUGUUAAAGCUAGUAAGUGCGAUAGGGGGGCUGACCCUGAAUACGCUGCCUGAAACUCUUAAGCUUAAUCUAUCUAGGCUAAGGGCUGUUCAAUCUCAACUUCAGAAGAUCAUUGUCAUGUCUACAAGCAUGUUGAUUCUCCGUCAAACACUUGUGAGUGAGAACUUAGUGACAAGUCCUUCAGACGUGGAUAGUAUAUUAACCACACGUGUCAAGCAGCUCUCCGAUCUGUUGGAUAGUGUUGAAGAUGUGGGUGUACCAGAAAUUGUUGAAACAAUCAGUAGAUUCUCUGAAGGUGAUGAUCAUGUUUUAGAUGCUGCAAAACUCCAAGUGAGGAAACAGGUUAUGGAAAAUAUGUUGGCAAAAAGCUUGCAAGCUGUUGACCCCAUAUAUGUCCGGGUGUCCCAUAAUGUUUAUCUGGCUGUGAGGUCCGUGCUUGGAGGAAAUGGGCUGAAGGGAAGACAAUUGGUGGAGACAGCUCUGCGACGUCUGGGAGCAGCUCUUCUUACAGAUAAGAUAAUGGAGGUAGCUGAAGUGCUGAUUGUGGUGGCAGUUGUGUCAGCAAAUGUUCAUGGGGCGUGGUAUGAAGAAGCGCUCAAUAGUUUGUAAACUGUUCAUGUGUUAAGAAGCAUAGAUGUAAUGAAUUUUUUAUUCCUUGCAUCAUGUCAAAAAAUAACGAGAAUGUAUGCAAAUAAUCAUCUUGUUAUGCAUCAGUUGUCUUUAACAUGAUGUAACAGGCGUGUAAUAUGUGGUGAACGGUAUCUUCGUAUCGUAGAUUGAGGUGUAAAUGGCUUGCUUGUGAAUCAAA